CAUCUAAUUUUUGAUGUCGAAAAAAAGGCCUCCAUCAAGAUUUGCAGAUACGGCUUUGUUAAUAAUGUCCAAUCAAAAAGAGAGUGAAAUCUAAAAGGAUAUUAAAUAGUAAUUAUAUUAAGUUCCUUAAGAGGAGGAGUUAAAUGCUGAUUAUGAAGAACUCAUGAAGGCUUAGAAUUUAAAUAAAUAAUGGUAGUAGAUGAAAUAAGAGGCUGAAUAUUAGGAACAGGUGAUUUAAAAGAGAAAAUUGUAAAAAAUAGAAGAAGAACAGAAGAGAUUAGCAACAAAAUUAGAGGAAUUAAUUAAUUAACCAUCUUUUGAUGAAUAUGAAGAAAAACACAAAUUGAUAGCUUUAAAGAGGAGAAUUGAAUAAGAUUACAAAGAUGAGGUUGAUAAAUUGAAAGAGUAAUUUUUAUUGGCUAAGGAAUUUGAUGUAGAAAAAAUAGUGAGAAAAAAAAUAGAGAUGGAGAAAUUAAUAGAGGCAUAAAAGAAGAAGAAUGAUGAGUAUGAGAGAAUAUAAUUAGAAUUGGCAGCUAUAAGGGAAGUCGCAGAGAAAAAGGAUAUAAAUUCCAAGAAAAUGCUUGAAAAUGCAUUAAAUAGAAGGGGAAUACCUUAAUAGUUGAUAAGCGAGAGGGAUAAGGUUUUAUUAUCGAAUGCAAUAUUGGAUGACCGAGAAGAAGAACAAAGACAAAGAGAUCGUAUCUAUGAGGAAGUUCAAUAAAAAGUUUAAUAAGAAAAGGAAAAAAAGAAAUUAGAAACUGCUGAAAAACUUAGAGAUAUAAAUUCUAAGAAAUUUGAAUUAAAUGAACAAUAAGAAAGAAUAUUGAAAGAGAAAGCAUUUCAUAAAGAAUUGUAAAAGAAGGGAUUAGACUUCCUAACUUAGAUAGAGCUAGGAAAUGCACCGCCAUUGGAAAUACUGAAAAAGAAUAUUAUAAUGGAUGAAGAGAAGUUAGACGAGUAUAGAUUAAACUAUAAUUUAAACAACAUUGCUAAGAAGAAUAAAAGGUAUAUUUUGAGAUGAUUAAAGAUUUUUAUAAGAUGGAAUUAAAAGAAUAGAAUAAAUAAAGGAAGAGUAAUACAAUAUUGAAGUUUAAGAUAGACCAUAUAAUGGAGAGAUAAAAUAAUACCUAAAUACAGUAUAAGAAAUUUAAUUAAAAAUUAGAGAAAUGCUGAAUCUCUAUUCAUUUGUCGAAAGAUAGUGGAUUAUGUAGUGGAUAAUUCAUUACGAAAAAUCUUGGAGAGAGAGAAUCGUAUGCAUAUGCUCAAAUAAUAAAGAAAAGAUUAUAAUUAAAAGGGGAAAAAUUUAAAGAGAACUUAAAACUAUCUAAUUGAUAGAGAAUUUCUAGAGGAGGAAGCUGACAAGAUAUUUGCUAGAGUAAUGAGAAAAGUAUAAAGAGAAGCAGCUAAUGAAAUAGCAGUUGUUAAUCUAUUAGCAUAAUCAGUAGCUUUGAAUAUUAUUGUGAAUUCAGUAAAAUAUGAAAGGAAUACAGCUAAUCCAAUCGAUUAAAUUAAGAAAUUGUAUUACGAUUUAAGAGGAGAGAAUAUGGAGAAAAACAUAACUGAUUUGAAAUUCAAUUUCAAGAAUAAGAAUGAAAUCUAAUGGAAUAAAGUAAAGAAAGGGAAGAAAAAUUACAAUACGGAUGAAUUAUUAAAAAUAAUGAGGGAGAAGAAACAGUUAAAAUAAUUAGAUAAGGAAGAAGACAAGAAGGAAGUUCGCUAGGACGAAGAAAUAGACGAAUCUGAUAUCAAUAUACUUGAUCCAGAAGAAUUUCAAUGCGUACCUACUUUGGGGUUGGAAAAGAUUAAGGCUUAUGAGAUAUAGUAUUGGGAAAAAGUGUCAUUCGUUCAUUAAACAUUUAAAAACCAUUAUAGUAAUAUUAAAGCAGGUAUCACUCAUAUAGUGUUGUCCCCCUUUAAAGAUAUGUUAAUAAUAGGAAUGUCAAAUGGAGAAGUAGCUUUGUAUGACACUACUUCAGGUCCUGCUAUAAUAAGUGGAAUAGUUCCAUCAUUCACAAAAUCAAAAAUUACGGAUGUAUAAUUUGGAAUGGAUAAUGUCGGACAUUUAUUAAUAUUAGAUGAAUCUGGGUUGAUUAGAGUAUGUUAUAUGGGAUAUAACUUAAAAGUGAAUAUUCCCAAAGAGCAAUUAAAAGGCAUUGAGUCUUUGCCAGAAGGAUAUCAACCAAUGUUCUACGUUUAAUAUUUCACUCUAAAUAAUGAUUUCUUGGCUAGAAAUAAGAAAUAGGAGGAGAAGAGAUAGAUUUUAACACACAGCAUAUUUCAUCCCUCAAUUACAUUUUCUUGCUUAUAACCAACUUUAAUGGUAGGAAGUAAUAAUGGAACGAUUAUGAAAUAUAAUAGUAAUGUUGACAUGUUUAAUGGACAAAAUUACAAAUUUCCAAUUCACAAUAUUUUGAAUACUAGAAUCAUAGUCAAUGAGGAUGAACAAUUCCCUAACGAAAACUUUCUAAAUCUACAAAUAUAAGAAGAACAUGAGGGCAAGAAUCCACAUGUUUUUAGAGAAUUUUUCGAGAAUCAUAGACAAGAGAUAGUUUAUAUUGGGUUCUUAGAAGAACCAGAAAAAAUAUUAACUAUUGACAAAGGAGGUUAUGUUAAUUUAUGGGAAUAUGAUACAGGAUAUUAUGAUUUAAGAAAAAGAUCUUUUAGACCUAAAUCCAAAUAUAAAAUCUAAAUGACAGAAACCCAAUUCACACCUGAUACUACUGAAAGAAAAAAAUAUUUUCCAGAUGAGAACACAGAUAAUGAAGUUUAAGAAGGAUAUCAAAAAUAUGCAGAACUAUUUAAUAGUCCAGAUGAAUGGAUUAAAUUAUCAGAAAAGCCUUUGAAAGAUGGAGUUAAUGAAUUAAUUAUUUGCUAUAAUGAACUCCCUUAAGAUGGAGAUACUGAAAUCUUCGAAAUUAUUAGAGUAAAUCAUGGUAUUCUAUUUAUGAUAUUAUUAUUAUAGCUACUAAAUAAAUGAUAGAAGGAUAUACUCAAGAUUACAAAGCUACAGAGAGCGAAGGAUUUAUUGCUUUAGCUAAACCCUCCUUAGUCAAUAAAUACAUAUAUCUAGAAAUCAUAAAACCCCAUAUCAUCAAUCCAGAUAUCUUCUAAAUUGAAUUCUUGGCUAUUAAUACUCAAAAUUUUAAACUUAAGAAACUAAGGCCAUUCAUAGAAGCAUCAACAGAUAGAGUUGAAUUUGAUAUCGUUGAUAAUUACUACCCUUUCAUGGUAAGCUACUUGUUUGUGCAUUUGCCUUAAGGAAUUUACAUCAUCUCAUUAGCAACCGGAACAAUAGUCAAAUAAAUAAUUGAACAUAUUUAACAUGUAAGAGUAUCCUUUCCAUAAAGAGAAUAUAUACCUAAAGGUAUUUAGGUAAUAGAGAACGAAGCUAUGUUUUUUACAUAUGAUAAUUGCAACGGUUGUUGGAAGUUAUAAAUCCAGGAUGAUAAUGAUGAUAAUGAGAGCAUGGCUCUUUAUGAUAACUAUAGAUUAGAAUAUGAGAAAUUAUUUCUAUAAUGA